GUACAAGGUAAACGUUUUCGUCCUUAAUUUGGAAAUCAUGGUUGUGUGUCGCACAUGGCAUCAUUGAACGGGGAUAUACCAGGCCCGCCUAAGCCAGCGGGUAGCUGGUUAGACUUUUGCGAGCGUCAUGCUCUAUCUAUUUCGGAACAAUUUUAUCGAGAUUUCCUCCAGUUUAUAUCUCGGCCAUCUAGCCCAGGAGUGGGGACGUGUGGCCCCACCCCUCGCGAUCCGAUGGAAUUUGCUAAAAAGUUUGUGGAAUAUUUUCUCCAUCAAUUCGAUCGUCAAUUAAAACGUUCAUCAUACUACUUGGAUUCUCAGGCUACCGAUGUUAAACUUGCACAUCGAAAUAAUGACGAUUCUGGCGAUGACCGCCGUCCAUCCAUCGCGAGCUCCUCACGCUCAAACUCUCAAAACGGAGGGGAAGUGGACCGACCCCUUACUGACGAUUAUUCUGAUAAUGUGACGAGCGCCAGCCCUCCGCCUCUUUCUCCUACAUCUCCAAGUCCAGUCAUGACGACACACAAAUCGAAAGGCUUCUUCAGAAGGUUGUCUUUCCGAAAUAUCAAAAAGAAAAAUUUAUUUCAUAAAACUAAUCAUACAAAUAAUACCCCUCGGGGUGGCUCCAAUCAACAAAGUGGAGCCAUGGAGACUCAACACCGAAAACAUAAACAUGGAAGUCAUUCAAAGACGGACUCUAGUAAACAUGAAAAAUCGCGAACUUCGCUACAAGGCGAAAUCAUCAAGGACGGGUUAGUGAAUGUUUUGACUGGUGAGGAUUCAAAAGGGAAGUCACGAUGGGAGAAAACCAGACUUGUACUUAUCAACACAAGUGGUGGUAUUCUACUUGAAUUCUACUCUCCUCCAAAGUCUGUGAAGCCUAAAGCAGGUCUGUUCUGUUUUCUCAUCACUGAGGCACGGGUAACCACAGCACUAGAGAUGCCGGAUCAUGAACAUGCAUUUGUUCUUAAGGGAGAAGGCACAAGUGAGUUUGUGAUAGAAGCACAUGACUUGCAGGACUUGAGAUCAUGGCUUGAGGACAUCGGGCGGUACAUCAGUCGACCGACGAUCAUAGAGGAAGCUGAUGGACAGGAAGCAGCAAUGCGACCAAGACUACCUACAGCACCAAGUGGUUCUAUAGAGAGGAAAGAAACCUCGUCGCUCGGUGUUCCGAUACGGAGUACAUCACAGGGUAGCCUCAACAGUAAUCCUCCUGAUGUUCCUCCACGUCCGGGACCACAGCGGCCACUUAGUUCCCAUGGAGAUAUCCCACAUACCAGUCGUCUCUCAGCAGAACUAAACCCUUCACGUUUUGGCAAUGAAAUUCCUGAUGGUCAGAGGGAUUCACAACCGUCAGCAGAGACCCAGAUUGAUGUUCUCCUUCAUGAUUACCCAUGGUUCCAUGGUACACUUUCCCGCCUCGAGGCAGCACAGCUUGUGCUUCAGCAAGGCCAAGUGGGUCAUGGAAUCUUUCUUGUACGACAAAGUGAAACACGCAAGGGUGAAUACGUGCUCACCUUCAACUUUCAAGGACGUGCAAAGCAUUUGAGGAUGACGAUUAACUCUGAUGGACAAUGUCGUGUGCAGCACCUUUGGUUCCAAUCCAUCUUUGACAUGCUGGAACAUUUCCGGACACAUCCAAUCCCAUUGGAAUCUGGUGGAUCAUCAGAUGUUUCUCUUACUGACUACGUUGUUGCUAUUGAACGCCCCCUCACACCCACCAUGGGUCGCGGCUCACCACGGAUACGAGGGUCAGGCAAUCAUUCAGGGUCCAAUCCUAAUUUAGGAGGACGUAGUCCGGGGGCAGUUGGUGGCCAAUCAGAUCUGUCGAGCCGUGAUAUCGUUGUUGUGAGUGGCUCAGUGAGAGCCCGGACUGAAUCCAUUGAGAAUGUCAUGAGGGAGCAAGGUCAAGCCCAGGCUCAAGGUCAAACGCUACAUGGACGAGCAAUUGAAAACCAGUAUUCCUAUGUAUAGAUUUUAUUGUCAUUUAUAAAAGUUGAUCGACAAUUAUUGGCUUCACACUUAUGGUCCAAUGAUUGCCAGUCGUGUUUUAUUAAGGUUGAUGAGAAAAAGGCAAUUAUAAAUAUCAAGGUCACAAGGGUCAAAUUUGUAGUCUCUUGGGUAAUGAGGAAACAAAUAAGUCUGACGUGACUUGAGACAAUGUGUGAUAAUACAUUUUCAUACUGAAUCUUCAGGGAAGAUGCCUUGAACUAAGGAUUAACUUCACUGCAAAAAAAAAAAAAUAAUAAAUAAAUGUGCAAUUAUUAUAAUCAAUACAUUAUAUCUUAUUUACUGAAGACUCUGACCAAGUUACUGUUAACAUAUUUACUUUUGAAGCUCCUUUAAUCAACAUUCUAUAUACUUAUUUUCACCAUGAUUAUGCUGAGACCAUUUUAAGGCGGCAUAUAGUGUUACCCAUGUUGUUGUCAAGACACAUCUUGUCACAAUUCACUGUGAAGUCAACUACAACAAUAGUUUGAAUUCUUUAAUGUUAAGAGUUUCUUUGGUCAAGGUCACAGUUACUAUUUACAGAAAUCUGUCAAAUAUUGUUUAUUGUACCUAAUAAUCUGUUAUUACAAAGGGAAGAGAUUCAUAUAUUACAGAGAUUUUCUAGAUAAGAUAAAUGACAAAUUUAAAACACUAGAUAAAUAUUGAUCACAUUGUUGUAUAUUCCUGAUGAUGAGAACAUUGUAUGGUUUACUCUCCUGAAAUCAGCACCUUAGAGCAGAUUUGAGACAUCCAAUGAUACAACCAGAUUUCAUUAUCUUGAAAUUCAGAAGAAAUUUUAUGCUUGUUUAUACGCUUAUUUUACAACUAUGUUAUAUAUUGUGUAUAGUACUUUGUACUAUAUUCUGAUUGUGCUAAUGUAAGUAUGUUGACAGUAAGGUCAAGGUCUUUUAUAGAAGGUGAAGGUCAUGUGAUAUAUUUGGAGAUUAAAUUGAAUGGAUAAGUUGAAAGAAAUGGUUGUACCUCUCUGUUGUUUGAAUGCUAUUCUACAUUUUUUAGAUUGUUUUUUAAUGAUGGCUGCCUCAAUAUUUGUAGAGCACCGAUAUGAAGCAUACCUUUUAAUUGUAUGUAUGGAUGUUUUGAAUUUUAAUAACAGUAUGCUUAUUUGUAUGAAUGCCUUAUAUUUAAUAUGUGUAGAUAUGCUUUCAUAUACAUUCUUUUUCAGCUAAUAUGCUUUAUUUUCACAAUCUCUACUAUUUAUUAGUGAUGGGAUGAUAUUGAACAUAUUCAGUUAUCCAAUCAUUUUACCUGAUGCAAUGAUAGAUUGUAAUUUUUUAUAAGCAUCGGUACCGUAUUAUUUUCUUGCAUUUUAGCAAAAAUCAAAUUCAUGUUAUGCAUUAUACAGAUGCCAAUUGCCAGUAAUAUUCAGUGUCUUACCCCAAUUCUUGGGAAGUGAGUUAUUUCAGGUUCAAGUACCAAAAAAAAUAUCACUACAGUGAAGAAAGCAUUCAAUUGCUAUUAGCAUUGUACAGAGAGUCAGACAAUUAUGUAAUUGAUUAACUACAUCAGGAAACCUAAACAAUUUUGACCAAUGAUCAAUUUUAGAUUUGAACCAAUUUUAACAUUAAGGACAUUUCAUUAACAACAGUUAAUACUCAAAUGUACAAAUUCAUUUGUGAUACAAAUCUUCUGUUUAACUUUAACUUAAGAAGAUUUUGUUCACUUUACAUUGAUUUUCUGCAAGCACAGAGCUAAAAUACAUACAGACAUAGUGAAAGUUGAAGAUAUACUAUGUUUUAUGACUCAAAAUAGAUUGCUUUCUCACAUCUUUCUCACAGUGCUUUUUUUCCCCAUAAUUAAGGAAAAAUCAUUGAUGUAUUUUUCAAUUUUAAAGAAAAUAUCACUGUCUUAUAUCAGCACAGGUUGCUCUAAAAUAUAGGUUUAAAGGGAAAAACACUGAUUAUAUAAUGGUGCAUACAGUGAGCCAGCUACAUUGUAUACAAAGAUAACUUUCACAGCAAUUAGGAACAUUAAGUAGAUAUACACAGUGAAACUGUUACUCAUUAUAUGGAACCUGUACAAAUAAACAGAUACAGAAAUUGUUUAUAAAAUCCCGUAGAAACUUUACACAAAAAAACUUGCACUGAAACCAAAACUUAAAAAGGAAAAAACACUUAAAUGAUCAAUAAGCACAUGUGUUGUAGUCCAUUUUCAGUUAAAUUUCAACAGGAGUCCUGACAUAAGGGCUGAAACAUGUUGGCCACCAGUGCAGUAGGCAGACAAAUAGUAUACUGAUUGGAUACCAAGCUUUUGGAGUUGCUCCUUGUCUUUCCUUAUUUACUAUAACCAAAGAAUAUAAGAUAUACCACAAAAAUAUAUCCUAUUACUUACUCUUCGUGUAAAGAAGCAAAAAUAUAUUUUGGGAAAAGUUAAGUAUAACAAGAAUAGGAAAUUAAAUUAGAUAUGCCCAAUUUUCAAUAACAAAACAGAAACUUCAAAUAACUAUGUAGCAGUUUCUCACUACAGACAUAGAACAGUGAAAAAAUAAAAAUAUGUAAUCUUAUUUAUAUAUUCGUAUUUUUUGCCUUUAUCAACAUAAUUUAGGCGUUUUAGAAUUAAUCACAUACUGUAAAUCACUUAUAUUUUGAGCAGUAUAUUUUCUUCUUUUUUUUUCAUUAUGCAGGAAUAGUUAAUAGCAAAUUCAAAUCAAGAUUAUUUGUAGGAAAAUAACUAUGGAUGUCAUCCAUGAUAUCUUGUUAUGGCUAUAGGAGUCUUGUUCAGAGUCUCUAAUGACUCAUCAUUCGAGAAUUUAAAGUCAUUUCUAAAUCAGCAUUUGCAAAUAUGUCUGAAGAGAUAAGUUACCUUUGUUGAAUUUUAUAUAGCUAACUGAUUUACAGUUCUCGUAUAUUAUACAUUAUAAAACUUUACAGUCACAUAAUGCACUUUAAAGUACAGUUAUUACAACAUCUCGUAAGGCUGAAUAUCAUAUAUUCAUUUGACCUUACAUUAAACAGCUUAUUUAGAAACAAAUCAAGAGAUAAAAAGGCCAGGUGAAUUUUAGACAUUUGACAUUAUGUUAAUUUCACCAUUAAGAGUUUAUCUACAAACAAAUUAAGUGGGAAAAAAGAUAAUAAGGUGGUGUAACUUGUUUAUUUUACCUUAAACAGUUUAUUUAGAAACAAGUAGCCAAAAAAAAAAAAAAAAGGGAAAAAGAAAUAAAGUUGGCUGACUUGAGAAAUGUUGAAUACAUGGUUUUCAGCUUUCAGUAUUUUUCACUAUUGUAAUUUACACCAUUGUUGACCUACCAAGCUCCCAUUCCCUUAUAACUAGCAAAACAUUUUCUCUUACUUAAGUGUUCCAACCAUAUUUCUGCCAUACUUUCACCAUAUAUUAUCAACUUACUUGAAAGCAAUGUAAAAUAUGUCACUCGAGUGUGAAUUUUUUUUUGCAAUCUACCCAUGGGUGCUUAUUAGGUCAUAACUGUGUAUGGAAAGUAUCGACAUGUCGUAAUAUUCAUUGCAUCACAGUAUCAUAUUUACUUCAAUCUCAAGUCCUUCUUGUUGUCUUUAUUCUCGCGACAUUAAUUGAAAAAUUCAUGAACAUGCAUUGUGAAAGUUCUGGAGAUGACAUGAUCUGCCAAAUUAACCACACACAGCACGCUUUGUCAUACUUGUUAAAUGUUUUGUUCAGAACGUGCAAAAUAAAUGCUGUAAACUGA